CGCCCUGCCGCCAUGGAGCCGGGCUCCUUGCCCCCCGGCGGCCCCGGCGCAGCGCCCUCCCCGGCUCCCGGCGCCCCCGGCGCCGCGCCCUCCCCGCCGGCCGGGGAGCCGGCCGAAAGGCUCCGGCUCAGCGAAAGCGGACAGUCCGGCGACGGCCUCGAGGGCAGAGGGCUCCUGGAGAGCAGCACCAGGCUGAAGCCCCAUGAGGCCCAGAGCUACCGGAAGAAAGCGCUGUGGGUAUCCUGGUUCUCCAUCGUCGUGACCCUGGCCCUGGCUAUUGCUGCCUUCACGGUCUCUGUGAUGAGGUUCAGCGCCUCUGCUUUUGGGUUUGCUUUUGAUGCCAUCCUGGACGUCCUGUCUUCGGCGAUUGUCCUGUGGCGCUACAGCAAUGCUGCGGCUGUGCACUCGGCACACAGGGAAUACAUAGCCUGUGUCAUCCUGGGGGUGAUAUUUCUCCUGUCGUCCAUCUGCAUCGUGGUUAAGGCCAUCCAUGAUCUCUCCACCCGACUGCUUCCAGAAGUGGACGACUUUCUGUUCAGCGUGUCCGUCCUCAGCGGGAUCCUGUGCAGCGUCCUGGCCGUGCUCAAGUUUCUGCUGGGGAAAGUGCUGACCAGCCGGGCCCUCAUCACGGACGGCUUCAAUUCGCUGGUGGGGGGUGUUAUGGGCUUCUCCAUCCUGCUGAGCGCCGAGGUUUUCAAGCACAACUCAUCCAUCUGGUACCUGGACGGCAGCAUCGGUGUGCUGAUUGGGCUCACCAUCUUCGCCUAUGGGCUCAAGUUGCUGAUGGACACGGUGCCACGGGUGCGGCAGACACGCCACUACGAGAUGUUUGAGUGAAGCCAGGCGGAGUGGGGGCAAGCCGGGCAGGCCAACCAGGCCAAGGGCAGCACAGCUUCUUGCGGGGUGAUCCCGGCCCAUGGUACCCUCAGGUUUGACUGGACUGACUUCCUCCUUCUCGGGGACGUACUGGGGGUGUGUGUGUGGCCUAGCGGGAAGUGUCUGCCCCUCUUUUCCCUGGCUCCCCUUUCCCCUCUCCCCUCCCCAUUGGCCAGGUGAUCCCCAGCUCUCUAGCCCCGCCCCCAGGCUCAGGAAGGGGGUGCCCCCGAGGGCUGGGUGUGAUCUGCAUCAGAGCCCCAGUUGAACACCUCCUGGUUCAGGCCCCAGUGGUCAUAGGCCAAGCUGGGCUCCUGCCAAGCCAGCGUUUCCUCUGCCUAGUUUCUAACCUGCUGCCAAGCUUCAUCUGCGCGCACCCCGCACACACACACACACAAGAGCACAUGCGUGCGCGCGCGCACACACACACACACACACAUACACAAACACACACUGACCCAUUCGCAGCCUAGUCCUCAGUGUCACUUAGGCCAGGCUGAGUCUUCCCGGAGUCCUCAUGUGCCACCACAAAUGGCUUUGCCAGGACCGAUCUGGUGCACAGCCGGUCACACCUGGUCCUGGGACUGAGGGGAAGGGUGGGUCCACUGCUGAGCCCGCUACCCCGAUGACAAUGAUGUAAUGGUGCCCAUGGAUCAUCCCCGACUGUGCCGAUGCCCAGAUUGGUGCUGGUGGUGCCCUUCGCCGGCUUUGAGCCCUUGGGGCUGGGGUUGGGGUUGGGUCCGGAACAUAUUCUGUGUCAUGUUAGAUUUAGACUCUGUGUGAAAACAUUCACCCGGCACCAGGCAAUCCUGUACCUGCUCUGUCCUGGUUGCCCUCGGGAUGGUGUUUGGUCAAUAAAGCUGUCUGUCUAUUUUACACAGAACUGCCC